AGAAACAAAAACAAAAAGACCAAAAAAACAAAGAAAACGAGGUCAUUCCAGGUCUAGCCGAAACGAUACAGAGUAAACAUGGCCAAUAUUACUGUUGCUGACACUCAAAUCAGUACCGACGGCAAAGCGAUCCCGCUUCUUGGAUUCGGAACCGCCGAGUACCCAUAUGGGUCCUCUGCCAACGUGAAGGAACACCUCCUCGAUGCGAUCCGAUUAGGUUACCGACACUUCGACUCGGCCCCACUCUACCUGACCGAGCAGCCCCUCGGGGAAGCUGUGGCUGAAGCUCUCGCGCUCGGCCUUGUAAACUCGCGUGAGGAGCUGUUCAUCUCUACAAAGCUCUGGUGCAGCGACGCGCAUGGCGACCGCGUCGUCCCCGCGCUCCAGACAUCCCUCAAGAAUCUCGGGCUCGAGUACGUGGACUUGUAUCUGGUGCAUUGGCCGGCGUGCGUGAAGGCAGGUGAGUAUGAGCUUCCGGUGAAGAAGGAGGAUCUGCUUCCGUUUGAUUAUGAGAGUGUGUGGAAGGCCAUGGAAGAGUGUCAGAAGCUGGGCUUGGCCAAAAGCAUUGGAGUGAGCAAUUUCUCAUGCAAAAAGCUUGAGAAGUUGCUCAGCAUCUCCGAGAUUCCUCCUGCUGUCAACCAAGUGGAGAUGAACCCUCUGUGGCAGCAACAGAAGCUAAGGGAAUUCUGCAAGGACAAGGGAAUACACAUCACCGCCUACUCUCCGUUAGGCGCCAGAGGAACCUUUUGGGGGACUGAUAGAGUAAUGGAAUGCGAGGUGCUGCAAGAGAUUGCCAAAGCCAAAGGGAAGACACUUGCCCAGGUUUGUCUAAGGUGGGCGUAUGAACAAGGAGUCAGUGUGGUAGUGAAAAGCUUCAACAUAGAGAGGAUGAAAGAGAACCUUGGCAUAUUCGACUGGAGCUUGAACCCUGACGAAUUGAACAAAAUUAGUCAAAUUCCACAAAAGAAAGGAUUCCCUGGAGUCCAAUUCAUAUCCCCAAAUGGUCCUUACAAGUCUGUCGAAGAGCUCUGGGACGAGGGCAUUUAAGCAGGAAUCGUUAAUCGCUUCAACUAGUAAAGCUUAUUCAAUGAAUUUUUCUAAGAUGGUUGAACCUUAACGCCAAAUGAAUGGUAGUCCCUUCUGUUUUAUAACAAUGUACAGUGGACGUCAUCUUUGGCCUUUCAAAAGUGCCGUGGGUUUCUUCCUUUUCUGGUACAAACACAGGGAUGUCCUUCAGUUGUAGCCGCACAGAAGCCAAAAAGAAAAGGGACGCACAGAGGAGGAGCGCUUUCUUUCAUGGCACGAAGGAGUUAUGAACACAGUGGAUUUUAUGAUACGAGUUCUUCUGCAUCGAAUUGAGUUGUUUUAUCAAUAAACAUAUGGGUUUGGGUGUGAUUCGGGUUUAUUAAAUACUCGAAUGUGUGGGUGAGUAUUACUAUAUAAUUCUUGGAUUAUUUAGUGGAUUA